AUGCGGCGGGGCCGGGCCGGUGCCGCCCUCCUGCUGCUCCUGGCGGGCAGCCUGCUCGGUCUGGCGGCCCCAGAGGUGCUCGCUGAGGGUACCGAGGCUCCACCAGACUGCGGGCAACGGCCGCUCCUGAGCGGGACCUCAGAAUCCCGGAUCGUGGGGGGACAAAACGCUCCAGACGGAGCCUGGCCCUGGACAGUCAGCCUCCAGCUUCGUCAUUCCAGCCUGAAAUAUGCCCAUAUUUGUGGUGGGGUUUUAGUCAGUAAGAAUUCAGUGCUGACAGCAGCUCACUGUGUUAAACAAAGGAGGAGCCCCUAUUUCUGGAGAGCAGUUCUGGGUGUGCAUAACCUUAGGAAACCUGGCAGCCAGACAGCAAGAAGAACCAUCAGAAGCAUCGUGGUGCACCCAGACUUCAACAGAGAGACCUUUGAAAAUGAUUUGGCAUUAUUUCUGCUGGGUUCUGCAGUCCAGUUCAGUGACUCCAUCCAGCCUGCCUGCUUGCCCCCCCAGGACCUUGCCCCACACCUCUACAACCAAACCCACUGUUUUAUCAGUGGCUGGGGAAGGACAGAGGAAAAAGGUAAAACUUCAGAUGUGCUACAAGAAGCACGAGUAGAAAUCAUUCCUUCUAAUAUCUGUAACAGUUUUGGUGCGUAUUCAGGUGUGGUGAAUGACAAGAUGAUCUGUGCUGGCUCCAUGUCAGGGAGCAUCGACGCCUGUCAGGGAGACAGUGGAGGACCCUUAUCAUGCUAUGACCAGAGCACCAGCAGAUACUAUGUCAUAGGGAUUGCCAGUUAUGGGCUGGGCUGUGGCCGACCAAGGUACCCUGGGGUCUACGUCCAUUUACUUCUCUACAGAGAGUGGAUAAAAGAUGAACUGCUGAGGAACAAGGCUGGCAACCCAGUGAGCACAACCCUCCCCAUCCUCCUCUGGGUGAUCCCUCUAGUGCUCGUGUAG